GCCACUGGCGAUGCAACAACCUGGCGCUAAAACACGACGAAUUUGAAAUAAUACAACAGAAAAAAAAGAGAAGCAAAAGCAGAAAAAUCCAUAAUGAAUUAUUAUGCGUAUGCCUUAUCUUUGGUUUUGCUUUGGCGAGAUUGUUCCGCACUUAAUAGUCCAGAUGAGGAAGUUGCCAUGUGCAGUUAUAUACUGAAUCAGUUGGACGUAAUAAAGGCGAACAAUGAGAUUUUCAAAUUACGUAUCGAGAUGUUGGAGCAUCGUUUGGAAAAAUUUCAGCAAUUGUUUGAAAACAAUUUUCACAUGGUAGUCGAUAUGAAUGAAAACACUCAUAAGCUUCUCCAGACGCAACAUAUUGAAGCCCUGCGGACUAUAAAGAACUCCAAUGAGAUUCUAUUAAAGCAGUAUGAAAAAGUAACCGACAUUGAAAUUAGUUUACAACAUUUAAAAGACAAGGUGCUGAAAAAGGAUGAAAUUUUGUCAAACACAUCAGCAUCUACAUUUUCAAUUUUAAAAUUUUCGUCGGACGAACUGAAAAAAACCGAGGAUCGAAUUGUGCAUAAAGUACAGUCUUUCUUUAAUGGCACACAGCAGGCUAUUUUGCAAGACGUCGCAGGACAAUUGAAACCCUUACGAAAUGUAACCGAUGUUUUAAUUAACAGAAUUGAUGUAGAAUUAAAGGAAGAGAGCCAUCUACUGAAAGCAAUACAAGAAAACCAAGGUGGCCUAAAGAUCAUAAAUGAUAGACUAGGGAAAACAGCGACGGCUACUCCUACUAUUUAUGUACGUUUCGACCAGCAGAAACUCACAUGUUUGACUUCCAGAAAUGACCGUGUUCUCCCAUCAAAUUGCGCCGAAUACAACACCGAGUACUGCUGGAAUAGUAUUUGCCGUAUACAACCCUUAAACUAUGAUAGAGAAAGUUUCCUGGUGGCUUGUGAUGACAAAACCGACGGGGGUGGAUGGACUAUAAUACAGAGGCGUAUUAACGGUUCGGUAGAUUUCUAUCGCGACUGGUCGGACUACAAAAAGGGUUUCGGACAAGUCGAUGGAGAAUAUUGGAUUGGUUUAGAUAGAUUACAUAUGCUGACAAGUACCCAAGGGACUUAUGAGUUACAGAUAGUAUUGCAAGACUUUGACAAUGUCACCAAAUACGCCAAGUACGAUAAGUUUGUGGUGGGCAAUGAAACAGAGAAGUAUUUGCUAAAAGACGUUGGUGUAUACAGUGGAAACGCUGGUAAUUCCUUCGGCUAUCAUAAAAGUUAUCCAUUUAGUACCAAAGAUCAGGAUAACGAUAAGGCUGAUAAUUAUAGUUGUGCUCAAGGUAAAAAAGGGGCAUGGUGGUACGAAUCCUGUCAAUGGAGCAAUUUGAAUGGCUUUUAUUAUCCGAACGGAACGGUGAUCAAUGGUCGAACUGGUACUGGUAUUAAUUGGGGUGAAUUUCAUGGCUUUAAUUACUCGAUGAAAUUCGUACAAAUGAUGCUGUCUAAAGCAACUAACGGUACCGACUGGCUUCUUUACUAACUAAAUUAAGAAGAGACACGAACAAAUAUA